CAAACCUAUUUAUAAGUGGAAAACAUGCAUGCUCAUCUGCAGGCGGCAGAGAGUGGCCACUGGUCGGACAGCUCAGGCGGCGGGACCAGCAGCAGGCAGCAUGAGUUCCAAGUCAAAAUCCAUGGGGGUCAUCGGAGCCCCUUUCUCCAAGGGGCAGCCUCGAGGCGGGGUAGAACAAGGCCCUUCGGCGUUGAGAAGAGCUGGCCUGCUGGAGAAACUGAAAGAACAAGCAGAGUGUGAUGUGAAGGACUACGGGGACCUGUGCUUUGCGGACGUCCCUAACGACGCUCCUUUUGGAAUCGUGAAGAAUCCCAGGGCUGUGGGCAAAGCCACCGAGCAGCUGGCGAGUGUGGUGGCCGAGGUGCAGAAGAGCGGCAGAGUCGGCGUGGUUCUGGGUGGAGACCACAGCCUGGCGAUUGGCACCAUCUCCGGCCAUGCCAGAGUCCACCCUGACCUCGGUGUCAUCUGGGUCGAUGCUCACACGGAUAUCAACACUCCUGUGACCACCACCACCGGGAACUUGCAUGGCCAACCUGUGUCCUUCCUCCUGAAGGAGCUGAAAGGAAAGACCCCAGAGGUCCCGGGCUUCUCCUGGCUGACGCCCUGCCUGUCUGCCAAGGACAUUGUGUACAUCGGCUUGAGAGACGUGGACCCCGGCGAGCACUACAUUGUGAAAACCCUGGGCAUCAAGUAUUUCUCAAUGACCGAAGUGGACAGACUGGGGAUCGGCAAGGUGAUGGAGGAGGCGCUGGCCUAUCUGCUGGGAAGGAAGAAAAGGCCGAUCCACCUGAGUUUUGAUGUCGACGGGCUGGAUCCUUCCAUCACACCUGCCACGGGCACCCCGGUCGUGGGAGGUCUGUCUCUCCGAGAAGGCAUCUACAUCGCAGAGGAGAUUUACAAGACAGGGCUCCUCUCGGGACUGGACAUCAUGGAGGUAAACCCUGUUCUGGGGAAGACGCCUGAUGAAGUCACUCGAACCGUGAACACGGCAGUGGCAGUGACUCUGGCUUGCUUUGGAGUUGCUCGGGAGGGUAACCAUGACCCAGAAGAGAACUACUUGUCACCACCUAAGUAAACGUGCAAAGAGGAGAGUCUCCCAGCUGAUGGCAUCGUUAACAAACCGAUAAUUUAUUUAAGCCUGUGAUUAUCCUCCCAAAGAUCUGUUCUUUCAGAAAAAUGUUUUCCCAAUCAGUCUAAUGAUGUGAGCAGGACGGACACAAACCAGCUCACGCCCCCGUCUGUUUGGAACUCUGAGUUUAACUAGUGUGUGAUGGUGUGGCGGGCACCAGCCUGGGCACCUGUGUGACACCUACCCUGUGACCCCCUCCUGAGACACUUUGGACAAAAGUUAGCUAGAAGUCUACUUUACCGUGAAGAAAAGUGUAUUUUUACACUGUAAGAUCAGCACCUUGGGUCAGGGCUAGAAGCUCAGCAGCACAAGUGCCUGCCUGGCAAGCAUGAGAUCGUGAGUUUGAUUCCUGAUACCCUCCACAAAAAAAAAGUCAAAACAGAUCAGCACGUUGUAUUGUGCAUGUCGUGGAGGGGCCUCAGGCUGCCCUAGGCUGGGGCUCCUGGGUUCCACAGCUAUCUGUGGCCAUCAUCCUUCCCCCGUCUGGAGGCUUGGGUGGCACCUGGCUGUCCUGGUCUCUGAUUGCCAUGAGUGCUGCCCCCUGUGCCUGUGCCGUGUUGGCCAGCUGGCUGGAUGGAAGUAAGGUCCUGCGCCAUGGGCACCCCGGCUCUGCACUGCUGCCGUGCUGAGCUCUCCUUGUCCCGCAGUGGUGAUUGAUGCCCAAUAAACCACGGGGCUCAGGAUCGAAGACUCCCAGCAUCUUUGUCUGGCAGAUGCGUGACACAUUCCCAGGGCUUCCCGGCCUCAACAGUGGCCUCCAUGUCCAUUACAAAGUCUACCAAUUUCCUUUGCUAUGAAGUUCAAGAUUUGGCAAUUCUAAUUUGUGUGACAUUCAAGUUUGUUUCCUGCUUUGGCAAAAACCCCUGCCCUCCCCCAAACUUACCAUUCACUUAAAGCAGCAUACAUUAAUUUCCCAUUAAAAAUGCACUGGCACAAAUAGAAGAUAACACAGAUAGAUACCUCCUCUCCACCCCCACCUCAGGGUGGGUUUCCUAUUUGAACACAAGGCUGUCCAACCUGGAAUGGUACCAUGUCCAUAGUUCAAAAGGGUUUUUUGAAACAGGGUCUUGUUAUGUAGUUCGGGCUGGCCUUGAACUAUGUAGCUCAAGCUGACCUCAAACUCAUAGUGAUCCACCUGCCUCAGCCCCCUGAGUGCUGGGAUUACAGGUAUGUGCCACCACUCCCAGCUAAAAGAUGUGAUUUUUGUAAAUAAACUCUUUAUAAUAAGA